AGCAUUCAUAUCCCCCCCCAUACCCUCUUUAGUUGCCAUGUUGGUGAACAUGACAUAAUUUAGGUUAUAAAGUUUGCUGCUGCGACGUGUAAAAAACGCAAAAAACCGGUGGUCAAUUUUUUACUGAAGAAAAUCAUAAAAUUAAGUGACUCUUUUCGUAGGCUGUUAAAUAAUCCAUAUAUAUCCAAUAACUCGAGUCAUCAUGGUGCUGCUGGGCGAGAAAUUCCCAAAUUUUGAUACAAAUACAAACGUCGGAAAGAUCAAUUUCCACGAGUGGCUGGGGAACUCAUGGGGAAUACUAUUCUCUCAUCCCAACGAUUUCACUCCAGUUUGCACUACGGAAUUGGCGAGAGUUGUGAAGCUGAUGCCAGAUUUCCAGAGGCUCGGUGUUAAGCCUAUUGCAUUAUCUUGUAAUUCAGUCGACUCACAUAUCGAAUGGAUCAAAGACAUCAAAAGUUAUGCUGGUGUUUCCAUAGAUGGAUUUCCCUAUCCCAUAAUUGAAGAUGAAUCUCGUAAGAUAGCUACAAGUCUCGGUAUGUUGGACCCCGAUGAGACAGAUAAGGAUGGGCUGCCCGCAGCUGCCAGAGCCGUUUUCAUCAUAGACCCAAAGAAGAAAAUGAGAUUAUCGAUUCUCUAUCCCGCUACUACUGGCCGAAAUUUCGACGAAAUAAUCAGAGUUAUCGAGUCUCUGCAACUGACAGAACAGCACAAAGUGGCAACCCCAGUUGAUUGGAAGAAAGGAGAUGACGUGAUGGUCCAGCCAACAGUGAGCGACGAAGAAGCCCAGAAAACGUACGCUGAUAAGCUAAAAACAAUAAAACUUCCAUCAGGGAAGGGCUACCUUCGAAUGGUCCCUCACCCCUGCGACCUGAGCAGUACAAUGUGACCCUCAAGUCCCAAAAAACCGAAUAAACCCCCUCCCGAAAAAAACCAAUGUAACCCAAAUAUUUUAAUUAAUGAAUAAAAUAAACGACUAUU